UCCCAUCUUUUCCUCUCCUCCGCCGCCACCACCGUGUUUCUAGGGUUUCCCCCAUCCCCAAUUCGUCCGCCCCUACCCCCAGCCCGGAUCUAGCAGCGAUGGAGACCGCAGAGGCAGGCGAGAAGAAGAUGAUCAUGCUCAAGUCGUCCGACGGCAUGGAGUUCGAGGUGGAGGAGGCAGUCGCCAUGGAGUCGCAGACCAUCCGCCAUUUGAUCGAGGAUGACUGCGUCGACAAAGGCAUUCUGAUUCCCAACAUCAACUCCAAGAUCCUCUCCAAGGUCAUCGAGUACUGCAACAAACACGUCCCGACCAUGCCAGGUGUCGUCGCCACUAGAGCCACAGGUGCCGCUGCGUCUGAUAUCGUGGCUCCUGCCGCCCUAGCUGAAGACCUCAAGAUCUGGGACGCAGAAUUCAUCAAGGUCAACCGUGCCACCCGCUUCGACCUCAUCCAGGCUGCAAGUUACCUCAACAUCAAGGGGUUGUUGGACCUGACUUCCCAGAUUACUGCCGAGACGAUUAGUGGCCAUACCCUGGAGGAGAUCCGUGGUUUCUUGAGCAUCAAGAAUGACUACUACUUGCCUGAGGAGGAGGAGGAGGAGACGAUCCGCAGGGAGAACCAGUGGGCAUUUCAGUAGAGCAGCAUCUAGGUCGCAUUGAGUGAACGCUUAGUAUUCGUCAUGUCAACCUUUUAGCUGCACUCUUUGUGUGGUUGUAAUUGUACUGGAGUUUAUGAGGUGGCAUCACUGAACAUAUUCAGUG